AUGUUGAAGACUAGGAUGAAUACCUUGAAUAUGAGAAUGAACCUGAUGAACACCUUGAAUAUUGAUAUGAACAUGUUCAAUAUGUCUAAAAAUUCUGAUAGAGUAAGUCAUGACCCCCUACCUUUGGUGGGGAAGAUACUGAGAGUGAAGAGCCCAGUCAAUAUGUUUGUUCUGAAGAUGAGAGUUCCCAGACAGAGGGUGUGGUAG